AUGUUGAGAAAUCACAUCACAGAAAGCUGGAGGAUUAGGGAGAGAGGGAGAGAGAGCGACUUCGUCAUCACCAAAAGCGAGACGAGACCCUUCAGAAAGUCGACUUGUCAGGAAGUUGCUCGCUUGUCUUGUCAGACCUAUGCCCCACACCUUUUGCAAAUCUCCUCUGUUUUUCUUAGAGCUUUGAGGUAGAAACCCACAAAAACGGC